AUGAUAAGUGUGAAUGUUUUAACUGAUGCAGGAGCACAAACAUAUCCCAAUGCAACAUUUGGAUGGGUUAAUGUUAAAGAUGUUGCUGAUGCACAUAUUCUGGCAUUUGAGAAUUCUUCAGCCAAUGGAAGAUAUGUUUUAGUCGAGAGAGUUGUUCAUAAUUCACAACUUCUGAAGACUUUGCGUGAACUUUAUCCAACUUUGCCUCUUCCAGAAAAGUGUGCUGAUGACAAGCCUUAUGUGCCAACCUACCAAGUUUCCAAGGAGAAACCAAGGACCAUAGGGGUUAAUUACACUCCUCUGGAGGUGAGCCUGAAGGAAACCGUUGAUAGCUUGAAGGAGAAAGGCUUUUUUUAG